AUGAAAUUUAGAUUUUCAGAUUUUCAUGUGAUGUGCAACUAUUUUCCUUUCUACCCCGAAAUUGCUCUUGUCAUAACAGUGAACAAGAUGGAAUCUCGAUGGGAAGAACAAACAAGGGGAAAGUUAUGGCACGAGAGGUCAAAGAUGAGAAUUACAAAUAAAUAUAUUGAUGAUCAAGACAAUUUCAAAGCUUCUCAAUUAUGUAACGAGAGGAAAUUCAAUUUUAUAGUAAAUUGCUAA